AUGCUGCCGCAGCAGGUUUCAAAAACUGGGAGAGUGACCCAGCCAGACAAGUUGUGUUAUUCAACGGCGGUUUUUGUGGUCCGGCGAGCUGCUAGAGAGAAAACAAAGGAGACGGGAAAACGAGUCGGAUUGGGCAGGAGAAGGGGGUACCUAACCUUUGCCUUGGCCUGUUUCGCACUCAGGACUGACCUCCGGAAAAUGUUUGCCACCCGAAGCGUGGAAAAUAUCCAGUUUCUUCCCUUUCUGACGACCGACGUAAACAACCUGAGUUGGCUAAGCUAUGGUUUCCUGAAAGGCGACUGGACAUUGAUUGUGGUUAACACGGUGGGCGCGACGCUGCAGUCCCUCUACAUCCUGGUUUAUUUCUUCUUCAGCGCGGAGAAGGGUGGCGUCUUGAGGAAAACGACGGCCCUGCUGAUNGGACUAGAACUCACCGUCUCCUGGUGA